AUGGGUGUUACCAAGGAACUUAUCUCUCCCGGCAAUGGCACUGAUUUCCCUGCCAAGGGCGAUUUCGUGACCAUGCACUACACUGGCAAGCUGACCAACGGUGAUAAGUUCGACAGCUCCGUUGACCGCGGCACCCCCUUCCAGACUCAGAUCGGUACUGGCCGUGUCAUUAAAGGCUGGGACGAGGGUGUUCCCCAGAUGACCCUGGGCGAGAAGGCUGUUCUCACCAUUACUCCCGACUACGGCUAUGGUGCCCGUGGCUUCCCCCCCGUCAUCCCCGAGAACGCUACCCUGAUCUUUGAGGUCCAGCUCCUCGGCAUCAACAACAAGAGGGCAUAAGUGUGGCGUCUUGAUCUGAAUGCUAGACUCUGUACAGCCAUGGCGUUGUUUUGAUUUUGCAAUCCAUGUACCACACGGUUUACCCCGUGAUUGUUGUUACCUCCCCAUUUAGGGCUUGAAUAUUAGCCAAGCGGGGGCCUCAAGUACAGUAGAGCUAAUACGAACUAUGAGCUAU